AUGUCGACGAACGACACUCAGCCGCCUUCCAAAGGCAAGGUCCUGUUAACAGGUGGGACUGGUUUCAUUGCUUCGCAUGUUCUGGAUUGUCUGCUGGACCAUGGUUUCGACGUUGUCGUAACGGUGGUCGUGUCUAGUCCUCCGAUCGACUACGUUGUUCACACGGCCUCGCCGUAUCGAAUGCGUUGGGAAGAUCCCAAAAAAGAAUGCCUUGAUCCAGCCAUCAACGGGAUAAGCGGCCUCCUCAACUCAUUAUACCGCUAUGCACCUGGUGUCAAACGCGUCGUUUUCACUUCCUCGUCGGCUGCCAUGCUCGACCCACCCAACCACCCCAAAGUGUACGACGAGUCCUGUUGGUGUAAAGUUACCUCGCAGGAGGCCAUGGACCCAGCAAACACUUAUAGGGCCAGCAAGACAUUCGCCGAGCGAUACGCCUGGGACUUUUACAAGAGACACCCCGACAAGUUCACCCUCGCCACCAUCAACUGCACCUACACCUUCGGCCCGCUCCCGCGCAGCCUGGACAGUCUGGACAACCUAAACACGUCCAACCACCGCAUCCGCAACCUCGUGCAGGGCCGCAUGCGCGAGGGAAUGCCCCCGACGGCGCCCGUCUUUACCUUUGUCGACGUCCGCGACGUGGCGCUGGCCCACGUGCGCGCCAUGACGGUCCCCGACGCCGCCGAAAAGCGCUUCUAUGUGGUGGGGGGCUUCUUCUCAAACUACUUGAUCGCGAGCAUUGUUCGGUGCCGGUUUCCGCAGCUGGAGACGCUGCUGCCGCCGGCGGAGAAUGUAAAGGAUGAUUUCCCCGAGGAGCACUGGGCCUUUGAUAACUCGCGGUCGAAGGAGGUGUUGGGGCUGGAGUAUACUGGGCUGGAGAAGACUGUGGUGGAUACGGUCGAGUCCAUUUUGGCGUUUAACGGCGCGGGAGGGAAGAGUACAGGCCGGUCUUAG